AUGACAGAUGACGUCCGCCCGGACGACUAUGAAGGGCAUUACUUCGACCCUGGAGAAGCCACCUCAAGCACUGUAUUCGUUCUCAUCGGCCUCAUUUCGCUAGUCGUGUUUCUGAGAAUAGCUCGAUACCACUAUCGCCAUGGAUUCGAGUCGCAUUUUCAGAAGAUAUUUCUGGUAUUUACGGCUAAUACCGGCGUUUUCCCCGGUGUCGUCAGCUGGUUGAGCGAGUAUUCUAUAUUGCUACAAAUGCUCGGCACUUUAUUAACCGCCCUGAAUCGGGCUACAGCGCUCGCUUUUCCGACAAAAUAUAUGAACAUCUGGGGACCUUAUACGUGGCAUUACAUCGGUAUCACUGCCCUGAUCCCAUUUAUUUAUCGAGCACCAUCUUUCACGGCCACCAGCCAUUUUUUGCGCCUCGGCUGGGGGUAUUACAUACCUUAUACCAUCGAAAAUGGCGAAUUUGCGGUACUUAUCAAAGAAGCCUACUACCCCGCUUGUGGUAUCACAAUUUUUCUGACGCUCCUCGUCAACACAUACACCUCCGUCAAACUAUUUUCAUACACGAAAAAGCUGAAGCAACGCGAGCUGGUCAACACUAUUGCAUUGAUUUGUGUCAACACGAUGGACCUCGACAACAACUACGUCAUCUUCUUCUUACAACCCAUCUUUGCUGAUAUCGCAAAUUUUCUGCCAUUAUGGUUCCUGCUCCUCAUCUCCGAGGAGACACGUGCAAUGGUAUCCGGAAAGCUGGCCAGAGAUGCCAAGCCGAUCUCCGGGAUUUUCUUGACUUCGAUUGGCACGAAGCACGAGCUCGACAAAAGACGAGGAUCACAGUUUAGCACCACUACUGUCAAUAAACUU